ACACAAGAAAAAAUAAGAAAAAACCUUAAAAAAAGUGUCCCCCGCCUGUCAGUUGACGUGUUUAGAAUUUUCAUCUUCUUCAUCCAUAAUCGAAAUCAAUUUUUUUCUGUUUUGCAAAAAUCUGCUGAAAAAUGCAAAAUAACUAAAAACCCAAACAACUUUUCAUCACACAAUAACCCGAGUCAUUUGAUUUUUAUUGUAAAAUUGUUGCAAAUAAAAUGUUUUUUGCCCACGUAUUCAUAAUUUGUUUAUGCGUGUUCGGAGCGUUUAGCGACGAACAUAAUCACAUUUAUAACGACCGCGAAGAAGUCGUUCUAUGGAUGAACACUGUCGGCCCCUAUCACAAUCGCCAAGAGACCUAUGCCUAUUUCUCGUUGCCAUUCUGUUCGGGUUCCAAACAGAGCAUAAGCCAUUACCAUGAGACCCUCAGUGAAGCUCUGCAGGGAGUCGAACUUGAGUUCAGUGGCUACGAGAUCGAUUUCAAAGUCGACGUCUCAUCGACUGUGAUCUGCAUGGUUGACUUGACCGAAGACAAAGUGAAGGCUUUCACCUAUGCCGUUAAGAACGAGUACUGGUAUCAGAUGUACAUUGACGGUCUGCCGAUUUGGGGAAAGGUGGGCGAGCGUUCGGAGCGAGAGAACAAAUACUCCAUCUACACCCACAAGAAAUUCGAAAUCGGCUACAAUGGCAAACAGAUUGUGGACAUUAAUCUGACAACGGAGAAGAAGGAACUACUCGUACCGGGAGCCAAGAUUAAGUUCUCCUAUGAAGUCAUCUGGAAGUUGACUCCGGUUAAAUUCGAAAACCGUUUCGACAAGUAUUUGGAUCCCAACUUUUUCCAACAUAGGAUCCAUUGGUUUAGCAUAUUCAACAGUUUCAUGAUGGUGAUCUUUUUGGUUGGACUCGUGUCAAUGAUUCUUAUGCGAACUCUGCGCAAGGACUACGCACGAUACAGUAAAGAUGAAGAAAUGGACGAUAUGGAACGUGACUUAGGUGACGAAUAUGGCUGGAAACAAGUUCAUGGUGACGUAUUCCGAACUCCGCAACACAGUUUGUUCUUUUCAGCUCUCAUCGGAGCCGGAUAUCAACUGAUCUCAGUUGUAUUUUGUGUCAUUAUUUUCGCUAUCGUAGGAGAACUAUAUACAGAACGGGGGUCUCUUCUAUCCACUGCGAUAUUUGUCUAUGCCGCUACCUCACCCAUCAACGGUUACUUUGGAGGAUCCCUGUACGCUCGGCUGGGUGGGCGCAUGUGGAUUCGACAGAUGAUAGUAUCGGCAUUUUUAGUUCCGGUCUUUGUUUGUGGGACUGCGUUCUUCAUCAAUUUCAUUGCAAUUUACUACCACGCUUCGAGGGCAAUUCCAUUCGGUACAAUGGUUGCCGUCACCUGUAUCUGCUUCUUCGUUAUUCUUCCACUGACCCUCGUGGGAACGGUUGUCGGACGUAAUUUGGAUGGCCAACCAGACUUCCCGUGCCGUGUGAACGCAGUACCCAGACCCAUCCCGGAAAAGAAGUGGUUCAUGGAGCCAGCGAUUAUCAUUCUCCUCGGAGGAGUUUUACCUUUUGGAUCGAUUUUUAUUGAAAUGUACUUCAUAUUCACGUCAUUUUGGGCAUACAAAAUAUACUACGUCUACGGUUUUAUGCUUUUGGUCUUCACGAUUCUCACAAUCGUCACCGUAUGUGUAACAAUUGUAUGCACGUAUUUCUUGCUAAAUGCAGAGGACUAUCGGUGGCAGUGGACGAGCUUCCUGUCGGCAGCAUCAACGUCAAUUUACGUCUAUGCGUAUUCAUUUUAUUAUUUCUUCUUUAAAACUAAAAUGUAUGGACUCUUCCAAACGGCUUUCUACUUUGGCUACAUGGCGCUGUUCAGCGGAGCGCUUGGUCUCAUUUGCGGCACUGUCGGCUACGCCGGAACAAACUUCUUCGUGAGAAAAAUCUAUUCAAAUGUGAAAAUCGAUUAAAUUCUUCUUGUAUAUCGAAUCACUUAAAACGAAAUACAAAAUAAAUUAUAAAACUGAACUUUUUCCUCGAUGAAUAUGAAGACAAAAGAAAACAACAAAAAAAAUUAUUAAUUAAUUGUGAUGACUUGAUUCUACGGUGUACUUCUUUGGCUCUUAAUCUCAAACCACACACACAAACCACACAACCAAUGUUCUAAUCUUGACCAGUCCUUAAUCCGCAAAAACUUCUAUAUAAAUUAGUUAUAAGUAUUCUAUACAAUAAAACAAUACUUUUAUGUAUUAUUAUUAUAUAAUUAAUUCUUUUUUUUUAAAUAAGUUUGCUUAAGAUUUCGAUUGUUUAAAUUUUGAAAAAAAUAAGGAAGUUACGAUAGUCCUUGCAUUUCUAUUCCUUUUUUUUAAAUUAGUUUUUGUUUUCUUUUUUUUUGUAGUGAACGGCGUUUUUAAUAUAAUAUUUAAAUACAUAAUAGAAAAUUCUUUAUCACAAUAAUAGUUUAUAUAUAUAUUGCAAAAUAAUGUAAAAUCAAUAAAUAUUUAUAUUUUUUAAUUUUUCCAUGAAUUACCACGCAAUAAAAAUGCAAAACAAAAAGAAAAGUUUGUGAACGAUACACAAAAAAAAAAACAAAUAA